AUGCAUAAAAAUGUAAACGAAGGGCAAAGUCCAUUGGAAGAAAUGACCAUUCAAACGCCUUUACAAAUAUAUCAAAAAUGGCUUCUUAACCAUACUGCAUUUGUGUAUAAAAAUUUAAACACCUAUACUAGGCUCAUACAUAUAAAUUAUAGAGCUUGCUUUAGAAGAGAGCAGUCUAACAAAAAGCAAAUAUGGCAACAUGCAUUUUCACCUGUUGAAAGUAUUUUUUCUGACUUAACAUACAACCUCACAGAUCUCAGAUUCUAA